AUGACAACGUCGGCGUCUGCGGCGACUGUGGACUCGAACGCCCUCGCUGCCGAAUGCACCGACGUAUAUGUGCCGCUCUGUCAUCCUGGCAUUUCUUCCACAAAUGCCGGUCUUGGGCAGCCGACAUCCCCGUCGUUUUGUUCGUUCCCGGUGGCCCUGGGGCGAGUUCCGUAUCACGUAAGCCACGUACGGGCCCGCAGCAGCGCGUUUUCUAGCGUCGUAUGCAACACUAUUGUGUACUCGGAGCUGUGGCAGACCAGUCCGUCGUCGCCGUCUGCGGCGCAGUUGACACAGUGGGCACGCGAGUCGGCAUUGAGCCAAGGCUACGAGCAUCAGGCGAAUGAUUUCGUCGCGCGGUACUGCCUCUACGCCGGAACAAGCAGCGACGACACCUGCGCCGGCCGCCCCAGUGUUCACUUUACCUACGAACAAGACGUGUACUGGAACCAGACGGCAACAAUCCCGUCCGGCGCAAGUGUCGUCAUGUUUGCUGGCGGACUCGACUUUCAAACGCCGACGAGACGAGUUCAAUGCGUUGGCGGCGACGACAUUGAGGACACGGACAUCGCGACCGACAUCUUUGGCCAAGCCAAUGCGUACGCCGAUGAUUUGGACGACUCGCUGGCCUUGGCCGCCACCCCGACCUCCGUCAUGCCAUCAUGGUGGGUGUUGGGGGCAGUCGUUGCCAGUGCGAGUCUUGCCGCGUGGUUAUGGCAAGCACUUGGUCAUCGCCACGUCGGUCGUCACGAGUAUGCACCUGUAACCUUGGUGCACGUCGUCGAUUCCGAUCGCAGCGUCUUGAGUUGA